AUCGAAAAAGUUUAUUGAUCGAAUAUUAUUUUUUUUAAGAUCUGUCGUUUCGACCAGUUAUCUAGAUCCGAAAAAUUAGGUCGCUAUCGUUCCCCAAUUCACUUAUCGUUCCGGACGUUACGUUCCCUCGGAGCGUGGAAUUUCUCGUAUCUCUAUCCGAUGAUAUCUUCGAACGAGUAUUAGUAAUUCCGUAAGGUUAUAUCGAAGGAGAUAAAGAAGAUAUAAUUCAUGAGCUAAUACAUAUUUAGAAACGUGCGCCUACCGGUUCUAAAUGUACAAAGUCUUUUCGAUCCAAAUUUUAUAUUGUCCAUUAUGUUAUUACGAGGGAAGAAUCGAUUCGCGAUUACGUCGACAUUGUUCAUCGUUCAGAUUAGAUACAGAUGAAGUUUCUUCAACACGAUAUUAUCUCUGACAUCGACGUCAAACCUGUGAAUCGACUAUACACGAGAUAAUAUAAGUGCAAUAGAAAUGAAAGUUUAUGAAACGGAUUUACUUAUUUCGCGGUCGCGUUAUGACCCGUCGCAAAUUAUCAAAAACACUUUCGUCGAUUCGAAGUGGUCUAAAAUUCGUCAUACAUGAUAUUUAAUUGAUCGGAAAGAGAGAGUUCAGUUAGCGAAAAUGACAAAGAACGUUAUCGUAGUUCGAUCGUAGAGGUGCUGGUAUUCCAACACGAAAACUCUUCAUGGCCAACUUAUUCGUCGAUAAUCGAUAGCGGAGUACCGAUUAAAACAUUCUGCCUUGUGGCACGAUAACGAUAGGUAGGUAUUUAUCGGACUGUAAUAGACCAUAGGUAGAUACUGUCCGACUGAUCGAGCUACACGCGUAGCUUCGCGCUUCUACGUGUCAUGUUCGCGUACUUUGAUCGCCCCUUACGUUCGUCGGUGAAUCAAUUUUUCGCGCAAGGAAAUGUUACUCGACAGGUGAUACUCGAACGUUGUGAAUAGUUUUUAGAAAGCCGAUUCGACGGAAAACUUAAUCGACAUGGGAAAUUCAAAGUCGAAGAUCAAGGUUGGUUCGCGGGGGAAAAUUCGCGGAAAGACGGGACACAAUGGUCGAUUCGCGGAUGAACAUCAAAGGAAUCAAGGCGAGGAAUACGAAGACACGGAACUACUGUUGUUGAGAAGAGCGAUCGACAGAGAUCCGGAAAGUUUCGUGCUCAACAAUCUAAUGAUGUGUGUUCAGUUUUUCGGCAAUUACGAAGAAGAAAUCGAGCACGUGAAGGAGACGAUGGUCUCGUCCCAGGAGGCAAAACUGAACGAACGUCUGCCACCGCAAAAACACGUUCUACUGCCGGACGUUCUUCAAGAACACAUCUCGCGAAACGUCGGCUUUACCUCGAGUAGACAGACUUUUCGACCGAUCAUCGAACCGCUUCAUCCUGUUCGAAUUUACACGGUUCACGACAACAUCGAUAUCACGGAGCAGAAUUAUUCGUCGCACUAUAGCAACGUGAACGAUUCGACCAUGUACAAUAUACUGUUGAAACCGACUGAUCAUCAAGGGUACGUGCAGCUGCAGCUUCUCGACGAUUUCGGAAUGUCGAAGAGAAAGACGAUAAACGAGGACGAGAUGGAUUUAUCCUCGAUAGCGGAAAACGACGACGAAUUUUACAGCGACGGCGAGAGCAUUUACGGUUUGAGAUUACGACCGAAAGCGUCCAACUAUUCGAUGUCCUCCGGAAAAUCCCAGCAGGAAUUCCACAAAGGUUCCAACUACGGACACGCGAAAUCGUUGCCUAAUUUGCACGAGGAACAAGUCCCGUCCGACAAUCGCAGCGUGAAAGCCGAGACCGAUUACGAGAACGAUUCCUCGAACGACGAACGAACCUCGAGAAACAAGAGAGCAUGGUCGAAGGGAGAAUCUAGCAAACGGGCGAAUCGACGAUCGAACAAACAAUCGUCGCAAAUCGGAACGAAAGAAUCCUCGGUCCAAGAACCAACGACCAGUAGCAACAGUUCCGGUUAUCGAUCCGACAAUUUAGACAGCGACAGCAGUUUCAAUCUGAACCGAAACUUCCGAUUGUCUCAAACUUUGAACGACGAGGAGCUGGAGGAAUUGAUCACGAGCGCCAAAUUACCGGAUCAUUGCUUCAAAAAGGUCACGUACUCGGCCGAUGGGAAGCUUUACGAUCCUAGGGAAGAAAAGAAACAGCUGGUGAACAGUAAACAACGAAGGAUCAAGUUGGCUCUCAGACGUCACAAUUACGAUUUGUUUUACGCGAGCAGCACCGAAUUCAUGAAACACUUUAUCAACGUGUUCGUGAAUCGUUUGGGCGAAUCUUUUGGCUUCGACAAGGAGUCCCUGGAGGACACGAGACGCGAGGGUUGCGUUCUCUAUUGCGACCAAAUUAUGAUUUCGAACGAGUUCAAGUACGGGCGAAUAGAGCAAUACGAGAUCAUGCCUUCGAUUUGGCUGCAAUGGCCCAACUGCGCUCAGGAAUGGCUGGACAGACCUCGAAGUACUUGGCCCGACUACGCCGACGUCGAAAAAAUCAAAGACUUUGGAUGCUACGUGGUGCCGGAGGGCUUCGUACCGAAGAAAGGGAACAGUAAUAUCAUGGCGGAUCUCGAAUGGCAGCUAACGUUUCCAACGGCCGAACGAUAUCUCGAAACCUGCAUGACUCAGUCUCAGGUACAAGUGUAUUUCAUCGCGCUGAUGCUUCACAAGACUUUUAUCAGACCCGUUUUCGACACCAUGUUCGGUAUGACGGCUGCUCACAUUCGACACAAACUGUUCUGGAUGAUCGAGGAGAACGACAGACCGUCGAAAUGGCCCGAUACCAGAAUGGGCGAGUGUUUGCUGUUCCUCUUGAACUCCUUGUAUCAUAACAUCAGCCAAAACGAACCUACGCUCAAGGAUUACUUUAUCUCGGACAGGAACCUUUUUCAACGCGUACCCUGCGAACAUUUGCUGCACACGCAAAAGCAAUUGAAACGUAUCAUCGAGAAUCCGGUGAUGUACGUUUUCCACGCGAUGGAAAACAUUCGUCAUAGCGACAACUUUUUCCCCCGAUUAGAUUACGAGAUGUUGUUAAAAAUAUUGACGGCGGAUACGCUGACGUUGGUCAAUCCGGCAUUAACUCAACGUGUUUCGCGGCCAAUGCCGCGACCCAGGAACGAACAAGCCGCGCACGACGACAAAUACGCAAAAAUGGGAUUUUGGGAUACCGUCAAGAACCAACCGAAAAAACAUUCCGUUCAAUCGGUCAACCAUAAAAUGCUAAUUAAUCCGCGCAAAGCUACCGACUGCAUCAUCGAAAUCACGACACGAUGCGAGGAAUUGGAAGGGCCGAGGCUAUGCGUUCUCCUAGACUUCUUUGUGCGGCACUUCAUCAAAAUCGCCGAACGUUGUAAUCAAUACCGUGCCUAUCGACAAAAAACCGUUUACCUCGAUCACGCCGAUCGACUCUCCAUCCUGCUGUUCGAGCAGCAAAGAUUCAAGGAGGAUGCGCGAGCUUACCGCGACAAGAUCAAAGUCCUUAGGAAAAAGAUGGGUAAAUCGGAACCUCGGGACGACGUUCCGGUAACGCCGAAGAGAAACGCGGAAACUGCCGUAUACGUUGCGUCGCUGAAGAAUCGCUUCGUAUCCGAAUCGUCGGAGCAAAUUUACUCUUCGCCACGGACCAGCGACGUGGAACCACGAUCGGACGGAGAGAUCGAUCACGAUCGAAACGUUACCACAGCAGUAGUUCACGAGACGCGUAAUCGACAUUCGAAAGAACGAAUAUUAACCCCAAUAACCGAAACGAUAACCUCGAAUUCAGCGACGACGCGUUCGAGUUCGAGCGGCGAAAGCGAAUCUCCUCAAUCGAUUCUGCCGCGCAUCAAAUUGUCCGAAUCACCGAGAGACGAAUCAACGUACAUUUGAACAUUUAUCGGAAAAGACGCAUAGAGUUUAGUAAACUCGUCGAACCCACCGAAACAUUUCGACCAUUUCAAUCCGUUGUUCUAUACUUUCUUUCGUUCGAUCAUUCGUAAAUAAAUUGCUCAUACCUGAACAAAUCAUUUGUAAUUUAUUGUUUUACUUUAGCGUUAAUUGCUUUUAAACCUGUUGCAAUUUCUAUGUAAUUAUUUAAAUAUAUUUUACGUUUAUAAAAGAUUAUACA